AUGCAGCACCUUCUCAUCACCGCUGCGCUGGCAGUCCUGGCUCGUGUGGCCAUUACACAGACCAUUGACCCCAAUUCAGUGCCUUUGUCAACGAGACAGUCGUGGUGCGAUUCGCAGAUCGCCCAAUGUCCUCUCAUUUGCCUGCAGACGGCUGGCAACUCUGCGGCCACCUACGCCAACACCUGUGACCCGGUGGGACUGACCUAUUCUUGCAUCUGCUCUAAUGGGCUUUCUCCCAACGCCUCCGAAUACUCUCAAACCCUCCCCUACUAUAUCUGUACGGAGUACAACACCCAAUGUCAGGCUGCUUGCGGCAACGACAAUACCUGUGCAGCUGCUUGCGUGCAAGAUCACCCUUGUGGUGCGCUCAACCCAACAAGAGUAAAUACAAGCACAAUCACCACCAUGCCCGCUACCUCAACGGUCGUGGGGUCUGCCGCUUCUACUGCCUCUGACGGCGUCGUCUAUACCGGCUUCGGAGGCGGCUCGGCUGCUACAACAACGGCUGCUUCAGGCGGCAACAGUGGAUCUGGAAGCUCUGCUGCGUCAAGACUGGUGAUCGACAUUGGACAGAUCUAUGGCCUUGGCGUUGUCGCAGCUGGCAUUUUUGUUGGCUUCGGCUUCAUGCUCUGA